UGCACCACAGAGUAGUGAGUCGCCCACUGUCGCAGCGGCGCCCUCCAUGGUUGCCCCGCGCUCCCCACGAGGGAGCUCCAGGUUCUUCCCCAACCAUCGGGUCCCGUCACGGCGGGGCCGAAGCUCGGAAGCUCCCGAGCCACCAGGGGCCAUCUCACACGGCACCCUGUGAACCGGUUCACCGUUCAUCUGGGGCCAGCCAGCAAAACGAACACUCUUUGACGUACACUACAGAUUUUGCACCCUUAACUCCCCGUGCUCUCCACAACCAAACAUUCACGCUCUUGUUUCCCUGGCCGUGAUCUACCUUUUAUGCCUACCAUGACCGUCCGCUCGCAGAUCGCUACCGAGCCCGCACCGGCCGCCGCUGCUGCCACCUCCAGUGCCGUUUCGGUUCAACCGACCCCAGAGCCUUCCCGUGGUUUUCAGGAGGGACAGGAUCUGGAUCAUCAAGGGCAAGGGAAGGACGACAAACAUGACGAUCGCGAUCGAGAUACGCCCAAGUUCCCACAUCCCAAGCUUCGUCUCGAAAUCCGCGAUCUCGACCAUCCCGGCGCCGUCAAGUUCCUCUGUGCCGUUAACGCGAGCUCGCUCCUCUCCGAUGCCGUCAAAAACGUCCAGCGGCUCUUGUACAGGUCGCCAGCAGACAAGCACACGACAUGUCCGCUGACUCGGUCCGUAACCGUUAUCUUGCGGGACAUGGCCGGCGUGGCUUAUACGACUGGGACCGACCUCGACCCCGACCACAAGGAAAUCCACUUCUCUCUCUCCUACAUCGCCGCCCACAUCCCCUCCACGCCACCCUCUCGCCUGCCUGCCGAAAUCACCGGCGUCCUCACGCACGAGCUCGUCCACUGCUACCAAUGGGACGCUCACGGCAGCGCGCCGGGAGGACUGAUCGAGGGUAUCGCGGACUGGGUCCGGCUCAACUGCGACCUGAGCCCGCCUCACUGGAAGCAAGGGGACGUGAAGAUCGAUGAUCCGUGGGAUAAAGGGUACCAGCACACGGCGUACUUUUUGCAGUACCUUGAGGGCCGCUUUGGGGAGGGGACGGUAAGGCGCCUCAACGAGGCGCUGAGGAGCACGAGGGAAUAUGAAGCUAGAGAGUUUUGGGGACAGAGCGAUAUAUUUACAAGCUAGCGAUGCAUCCGGCGAUUACCCCAUAGCCAUUCCAACCACGAGUGUUUUGAUUGGAUAUGGCUGUCUUAAAUGCGGCGUAUUGCAUCCAUCAAAGUGAUGUUGAGCUACAACAAAAUGUGGAUACUAUCGUACUACGUCUAUAAAGUUUGCAGGCUCUUGAUGUUCGUGAGGACUUAUUGGAAAUACCCUCUCCACUUAAUUGUCGUCCAACAAACAUUACCCAAAAUCAAAUAACGGUCCAACGAAUUGCCCAGACACCAUACAUAAAUAGGACCCAUAACCUGUGUAACGCCGAGCCCAGAUGCCGAUAAUGAUCCUAAUGGUGAAUUUCCAAAUAGCAGAGGAUUUGUGACGUCUGAUACGCUACAGAAGUCGGAUAGAUUUAAGCGUGUUGUGGCUGAUGAGCAAUUUCAUCAGUCUCGCUAAUGACACUGCCAACAUCAGACCAACUGCCAGGAGUGGCGAUACCAUCAUCGCUGUCGCUCAAGUCAUCAAAAUCUUGAGCCCUGGAAGAGACCGCGUCGGAGUUUUCAAUGUGCUCUCCAGAGUCCGCUAGGGACAUGGUGUCCACAGGCGUGAGCUGCCCUGCGCUGACCAUCUCGGCUUCAGACAUGGGCUCGGUCGGGGUGACGGGCAAUGGCGAGUAAAACCCGGCGUUUCCGGAGGAGCCUUGUGCCCACUCCUGGAUAGAAGCAUAAGCCGUAGAACGAUCAUCCUGCCCAGCAGUCAUGUACUCAUCCACAUCCAAAUCGCGCUCGAGGGUGUCGGUCGUGCUGCGGACCGUGGUAGGGGUUGGGGCUCCGGACCGCUCGUGGUUGUCUUCCGACGCAGUGACGGCUGCCGACUGUGAAUUUGUCUCGAAAUCAAACAAAACUUCAUUAGGUGGAGCAGUGACUGAGACUCUGGGCUCCGGCGAAAGGGUACGGGAAACGGGCGAUUGAAGACCUGUCGGAGUGGCGUUGUAAAUGUCUGACCUAUUCGAUACCAUCUCGUCUUGGCUAGGAGCCAUCAAGCGGGUUUCCUCGUCGACCAUGUUGAUACGUUCGUCUAGCUCGAUACCAAACUCGUCACUGAAGGGAUCCAGAAUCAUGGCGGCAGUCAAUCCACGGACACCGGGGGCGGCAGAACGGCCUGCUCCACGGCGCCUAAGCGCAUCAUUCUCAGUACCCCUGACAUCGGUGCCCGUGUUGUAAACAAAUGUCCCAGGCCCGGCUGUCGUAUCCUCACUAAGGAAAUCGUCAAAGCUCGAGCCGCGGGUAGUAGAGGAUGUUGGUCGGUGUGUAGUAGUAGUAGUAGUAGCAGGUUCGCGGCCGGAUUCCCCCAUCAUCUCUGCACGCUUGGCGUUCCAGUACAUGAGUUCCUCCCGUUGCCUUCGCUUGGUCUCCUCAUCGGCGUCAACGCCAACAUCGGCACGAGACUGGUAGAAUCCGUGUGCAUCUUCGGGACGAUUGAAGCGGGGGGUGUUGGGAUUGCGGGGUCGGGAAUCGUCAAACUCGUCAUCCCAGCCUUGGAAGGCAAGGGCGAUACGUUGGCGGAUGUCGUUGACUCGGCGUCGCACCUCGGGAGACUCGUAGAUGGCUAUUGCGGCUACGGCGGCUACCGAUACAGCAAUGAUGCCAACUGAGGCGAUAGCAGCAGCUUGGUUAAUAGGCGGCAUCCUUUCAAACGAUAGUGUGUGGUUUGGCCCACGAACGGGCUUGAAGAAGGUGGUGCUGCGAGAGAAUGAUGAGAUAUCGAUAUGAGGAGAAAGUGGAGAAGUCGAUAGGUCUUAAGGUCGUGAUUGAACAAGCUCCUCUGAUUUACACAGGUCGGCGGAGAAGAUGGAUAACUUCAACGACGAACUGGGGGCACGUCGGGAGGAGAAUUCUUGAAGGCUAAAUGAAGGCAAAAAAAAAGAGGAAAAAAGACACAGCACUGGUCAGGAGGCAGCCGACGAUGGGUGGCAUGAAGAGAGGUGUGAAGAUCAAAUCACUGAUUCGAAAUGGAGCCCCAGGCAGCAUCUAGACAACGCACGAGGGUGCAAAAGCUUGCGCGGCAGCCAAAUGAGUGCUUUUGCCACCAGGGGCUCUCUCUC